AUGUCCAGCUACUCUUCUUCCUACGGUGGCGGCGGUGGAGGAUCUUCCUCCUACGUUAGCGGUGCCGGAGGCGCAUCCUCCUCUCGCCACGGUAGCUCCAGCUACGACAGAGGCACCGAUCGUUCAUACGACGACCACAGCAGACGCGAACGCAAGCCUUACGAGUCUAGCGACAGCCGCGGCGGCUACGGUGGAAGCAGCGGUGGAGGCGGUGGAGGCGGCUAUGGUGGAAGCAGCGGUGGCGGCUACGGUGGUAGCUAUGGUGGCGGCAGCGGUGGUGGCGGUGACAGGAUGAGCAACCUGGGCAACACCUUGGCCAGGCCCCAGUUCGAUCUGGCUACUAUGCCUCGUUUCGAAAAGAACUUUUACCAGGAGAACGCUGCGGUCACUAACAGGAGCCAGGCCGAUAUCGAUGCCUUCCGUGCCAAGCAUGAGAUGACCCUCUAUGGCCCCAACAUCCCCAAGCCCGUGGAGACGUUUGACGAAGCUGGCUUCCCUCCAUAUGUGUUGAAGGAGGUUCUCGAGAUGGGCUUCAAGGCCCCCACCGCCAUUCAGGCCCAGGGUUGGCCCAUGGCUCUUUCUGGACGUGACGUUGUCGGUAUUGCCGAGACUGGUUCUGGAAAGACCCUUGCCUACUGUCUUCCCUCGAUCGUUCACAUCAACGCCCAGCCUUUCCUGGAGCCUGGUGAUGGUCCCAUCGUUCUCAUUCUCGCCCCUACCCGUGAGUUGGCCGUCCAAAUCCAGCAAGAAUGCACAAAGUUUGGUAGCUCCUCGCGCAUCAAGAACACUUGCGUCUACGGAGGCGUUCCCCGUGGCCCUCAGAUCCGUGAUCUGUCCCGCGGUGUCGAGAUCUGUAUCGCUACCCCUGGACGUCUCAUCGAUAUGUUGGAGUCAAGAAAGACUAACCUUCGCCGUGUCACUUACUUGGUCCUGGAUGAGGCCGAUCGUAUGUUGGACAUGGGUUUCGAGCCCCAGAUUCGCAAGAUUGUUGACCAGAUUCGCCCUGACCGUCAGACUCUGAUGUGGAGUGCCACCUGGCCCAAGGAGGUCCAGCGUCUUGCUCAGGAUUAUUUGCACGACUACAUUCAGGUCAACGUCGGAUCCCUCAACCUCUCGGCCUCGCACAAUAUUACACAGUCCGUCGAGGUCUGCGCUGAGCAUGAGAAGCGCGGAAAGCUCAUCAAGCACCUCGAGCGCAUCAUGGACGAGCGUGAGCACAAGACUCUGAUCUUUACUGGAACCAAGCGUACUGCUGACGAUAUCACAAAGUACCUUCGCCAAGAUGGCUGGCCCGCGUUGGCCAUUCACGGUGACAAGGCCCAGAACGAGCGUGACUGGGUGUUGAACGAGUUCAAGGGCGGAAAGUCUCCCAUCAUGGUUGCCACCGAUGUCGCCUCUCGUGGAAUUGGUAAGUUCAUUUUAUCCUUUCCCUCUUAUUGUUUUUCGUGGAGCGCAACAGAGGCUUAG